UGCUCAGUUCCAAUUAAUAAACCCUAAACCCUUCCUCCACUCAUUAUUACUUAUUUGGGGUUGAAGUUUCACUUUUCCGGCAAAGUAAAAUGGCGGAUAUGGAUUUGGACUUCGAUGGUCCAAGUAAAGUUCCAACUAGACAAGCCCGUUUUGCUCCCAAAAGCUCUAAACUCAAGCCCCAAAUAGCAACCAAACCCAAAACUGAAACACAGCCAUCAUCUAUUUCGACUAAAAAAGAAGAACUGGGCCCACAACCCCCACUAACAGAUCAUUUAACGGAAAACGGAGCCGCAAAGGGUAACGACGACGUUCCGUUGGACGGAGAGAAAACGGGAAAUGACGUGGCAGAAGAACAAGUUGCCAUGGAAACUGAUAACGAUGAAGAUGAAGUUGUUCGUGAAAUUGAUGUGUGUUUUACUCCUUCAUUUGAUCCUACAACUCAGCUAUAUGUGUUUCAAUAUCCAUUGAGGCCGGUAUGGCGUCCCUAUGAAUUGGAGGAACGAUGCCAAGAGGUGAGGUUGAGACCUUCAACUGCAGAAAUGGAGGUUGAUUUGGCGAUAGAUUUUGAUUCUAAAAAUUUUGAUAGAGACUCUGUCCACGCAGCAACGAUGAAAAAGCAGACUCUUUCUACAUCAUGGAUGCCAUUACCAACUUGCGCCUCUGAAUAUGCUGUUGGGGUCCUCAUUGGUGAUAAGUCAGGAACUGCUAUAAUGCUUCUGGCUCUCUUAUCUACGCCAAUUCCUCCAUCAAAAUUUGUGGCUCCUAACAGAUUGAGAAUCCACUGUUUACAUUUUGCCAGUUUCGAGCAAAUCCGCAUAGGUCUGCGAACAUUGGCACUUGAUAAGUCAUUUCCUCAAAAGGGAUAUCCAAGGAAAGCUAUAACUGCAGCCCAUGGUGCUUCUGAUGCACCUCCAGAGGAGAUAGAGGCAGUAAUUAAUCAGGUUGCUGUAAACAUCCAUGGUGUCUAUGUUCUGAAGUCAUCACCAGAUAAUCCACAGUAUGACGCAUUCAGGAAAGUUGUAAUUGAUCUUCUUAUGGCUGAAGGGCCGAGUGCAAAGCUAAAGAAAGCAACUAUAAUUGAAGCUGCCAAGUUGCAACUGGGAAGGGAUAUUAACCCUGUUGAGUUUCAAAAGGUUAUGAAGGAACUGUGUAAUUCAGAAAAUUCAGCAUGGGUUUUAAAACGUGGUGACGGCAAUCCACAAUAGUCUGCUAUCUCUAAUUCAAGUUGUACAGGUCACGGAAAGUAUAUGUUAGCUGCAGAAAUUCUCAUUAAUGAGCAGGAAGUUGGCUUUGCUUGAGGUUUCCCUUUACUCUUGAGAAGCAUAUCUGUUUAGUUUUGGGGUUAUACAAUGUCUAAAGUAUAUGGCUGAGCUGUUGGUAGGAAACGCUUUGCAUUGCAAAUCUGGUAGAAAAUUUAGGAGAUAAUAUCACAUUAUCCGAAGAAAUUGGAGAGAUAUAGAUCUUCCAUUUAAUCACUCUUUUUCACUCAAGAAUUCCAAGUUGGUACUAGUUUUAUGAUGACCUGCUGCAUUUAUACAAAGAUACAUCUGCAUUGACAAGAUUUAAGUAGAGCAUGCUACGAGGCAUUUGUUUCAAUUUCAAUCUCCACUGAUAUAAUGAGGGUACAAGAAGUAAAGUUUUAUAUAUUUAUCA